UACAUCAGCUCCACUAGGUGGCGACAGCGUCUUCGUGUGUAAUGUCUAUGGGAACAGCUGAGCGAAGAAGGAAGUGCUGGCAGACAAAAUGGCUUUGGGACGAAGCUAGCUGCGUAGCUAAUGUAAACAAAACCAACAAGAAACUGAGGAGGAAAGGGGGAUAACAAUACCUCAUAGUUGAUUGAUCUGAAUCUGAAGUCCUGUAACUUGAAGGAUGUCAAUCCAGAGGCGUGGGAUCCACUUGGACCAAUCGGAGCUGCUCUGCAAAAAAGGAUGCGGGUUUUAUGGCAACGCAACCUGGCAAGGCUUCUGCUCCAAGUGCUGGCGAGAGGAAAAGCAGAGACAGAUUCAAGAAGACUGGGCUUUAGCAGAGAGGCUGCAAAGAGAAGAGGAAGAAGCGUAUGCAAAUAGACAACAGAAGACCCAGUCACAGGCUGCAGUCACUCCCUUUAACAAAUUUGAGGAAAGAAAAAAUAAGGAAAAGUCUAGCAAAGUCAACACAGUUACAAAGUUUUUUACUCCUUCCACAAAAACACCACCAAAAAAAGAUGCUGCUCCUUUUGAUGCUCAUUCAGGCCCCAGUCCCAGCUCCUCAACAAGGAGACACUCCUGUUUGGAAGAUGAGCGUGCAACACAGGAGUUCAUUGAUUUUCUCAAGCCCCUGAAGUCUGGCCGAGAAAUCUUCAAACAGUGUCGGGCCUUUACUGAAGGCAUGGUGUAUAAGCAGGAAAUGGGAGCCGAUGAGCUGUCAGAGUGUGUUCAGGAUUUCUACCAGAACCUCUCGGAUCGCCUUCAGGCCCAGUUCAAAGGUUCUUCAGACCAAGUAGAGAGUGUUAUGGACGAAGUGGAGAAGUACAUGAUGACUCGUCUUUACAAAGCAGUCUUCUGUCCUGAAACCACAGACGACGAGAAGAAAGACCUGGCCAUUCAGAAGAGAAUCAGAUCAUUGCACUGGGUCACCCUUGAGAUGCUGUGUGUGCCUGUAGAUGAGGAGAUCCCUGAAGUAUCGGACCGAGUAGUGAAAGCUAUCACUGACGUCAUUGAAAUGGAUUCAAAGUGGGUGCCCAAGGAAAAGCUGGCCUGCAUCACACGCUGCAGCAAGCACAUCUUCAACGCCAUCAAAGUGAGCAAGAAAGAGGCGGCGUCUGCAGACGACUUCCUGCCGACUCUCAUUUACAUCGUUCUGAAAGCAAACCCCCCUCGACUGCAGUCCAACAUCCAGUACAUCACCCGGUUCUGCAACCCCAGCAGACUGAUGAGCGGAGAGGACGGGUAUUACUUCACUAACCUCUGCUGUGCUGUAGCGUUUAUCGAGAAGCUGGAUGCCCAGUCUCUGAAUCUAAGCUCUGAGGAGUUCGAACUCUACAUGUCAGGCCAGGCGUCCCCCAACUGGCCGCAGCCCCGUGGCGCCUCCUCCUGCUCCUCGGGGAGCACGACCCAAGCUGACCUCUCGGUGCUGGACAAAAGGGAGGAGCACGUCCGAAAGGGGGCGCGGCAGCUGGAGAGCGACCUGAUCGACUGGACUAACGACGUGGAGCAGAAGGUGCAGAGCGCUUUAGAGAGCUUUCCGGCGGGCACGCAACCCCCCGCCGGAACCGCCGCCAGCGAGCCGGCACCGGCCGCACCUUCAGCUAUCGACUCUGAGAACGUCGAGAACGAGCUGCUGCCGCCGCCGCUGCAACCACAAGUGUUUGCCGGCUAACCCCACUCCAGUGGAAGAAGCUGUUCUUUCACCCUGGUCUUUUAGAGGACUGUAUGGUUAAAAGAGGUUUAAAUUAACUGACCGUCUCUAUCCUCUUAAAUUUAUGAUAGAAAAAAAAGUCGGAAAAAAACCUGCCAGCAUUCCACGAACAUCUUCUGACUCAGAUCUGUUUUGCCGUUACAUUUUUCUUUUUUUAUCACGCUGUAGCUUCUCCACCAUUGAUGCGAUCAACAUCAUUCCAGCAGAUUCAGAAGCAGAGAAAAGCGGC